UGACGUAUGAGCGGCUGGGUGACGUCAGUGUGACAGAAAGGGGGCGUGUUAGGCUUGCUGUUUGCCGUCACUCCCGGGGCUGGGCUGCAGUGAGCAGGAGGGAGUCAAGCGGGAGAGGCCGGGGCCGAGGAAAUCUCCUCCGUGCUUCCAGCGCCGCUAUUCUUUACCCUCUUCUUGGCAGAUCUUGCCAUUGAGGUAAUCCUCCCAUCAAUGUGAAAUCACAAAGCAAAACACAUGUCCAUAUGUAUCCUCAUAAGAUGUGUUAUAUAAUGCCUGAGGAAUGUCUCUUGACUAAAUGUCAUUGAGUAUAAAUGAUCUUCCUGAAAUCCAAGCAUUUUGCCAAAUUGCUGGAAUGAAGAUCCCCUCCACCUUCUAAAGAACAUCCUAAGAAAAUGCCUCUUUUGUUAAGGAUGCCUACUACCUAGAUUCAUGCGCCCUAUCUGUACAGUUGUGGAUGGUUUACCAUCAGAAGGCACCACAAGCUUGUUUCCUGGCCCUUUUUCUGUCUUUGAAAUGUCGAUGCUUCGUGCUUUAGAUCCCGUCCAGACCUGGCUGGGGCAAGAGUUAGAAAAAUGUGGUAUUGAUGCCAUGAUCUACACUAGAUAUGUCUUAAGUCUUCUGCUGCACGACAGUUAUGACUACGACCUUCAGGAACAGGAAAAUGACAUCUUCUUGGGCUGGGAAAAGGGAGCUUGCAAGAAAUGGGGAAAAGGCAAGAAAAAGAGCUCUGACCUCUCUUUGGAAGAAAUGAAAAAACAGGCUGCGGUCCAGUGUUUGCUUUCAGCAUCUGAUGAAACCUCUGGAAUUGAAACUUUAGUAGAGGAGCUCUGCUCUAAACUGAAAGAUCUCCAGAGCAGCCAAGGUGAACAGCAGCCAAUAAACAAAGAGGAGAAGAAUAAUAGAAAGCUUGAAGUCUCGCUGUCUCCUGAGACAACAUGCCUAGCAAAAGAUCAGGCAGAAAUGUAUUAUGAAGCUUUCCCACCACUCUCAGAGAAGCCAGUUUGCCUGCAGGAAAUCAUGACUGUUUGGAACAAAUCAAAAAUCUGCUCUUAUUCUAGCUCUUCCUCAUCUUCUACAGCCCCGCAAACAAGCACCGAAACUCCAUCUCCAAAGGAAUGCAAUAGUGAGUGUGAAACCACGACCAUUGGCAAAAGUGGAGCUUUGAACACUGUACAGGGAAAAAAUUCACAAAGAAAAAGCAAGAACGAAAAAGAAAAUAAGUUUAACAAAGGCGCAACAGAAGAGAAAUUUGGCUUGAGUAAAAGUGUCAGGCACAAGUCCAGUGGUAAGAUUCGCCCACGGUCCUGGUCAUCGGGCUCAAGUGAAGCCGGCUCAAGCUCAAGUAGUCAUCAAGGGGACAUGAAAACAAGGUUCAUCAAAGUAAGGCAUAAAGUUCGUGAAGUACGAAACAAAAAGGGGAAAAGUGGUCAUAAGGUCCCUACUAAAAACGCAGAGAAGGUGGAAAAGAAAAAUGUUGUUGGAAGCAGCUGCAGUGCAAGUUCUGUUAGACCGCUCUGUAAGCGAGUUAAACGGCAUGUGAGAGAGCACGCAUGGAAAGAACCUGAGGAUGAAGGAAAUGAAGUCUUUGGAGAUAGGAAAACUGAAACCGAAUACAGAGAGGAGCCUUUGUGGUAUACUGAACCCAUCACAGAAUAUUUUGUUCCUAUAAAUAGCAAAAGCAAAUUAGAGACGACUUAUCGAAAGAGUCAGCAAAAUUUGUAUAACCGGUCAGAAGAUAUUGAAGAGCUGUCUGAGUUUGUACAUGCUCUACGUCUAAGUAACCACAAUAUCCAUCAAACAUACCUCACAGCAGGUACUUUUAUUGAGGGUCACUUUGUAGAAAUGCCUGCAGUUGUAAAUGAGACCAGUGACCAUACUGGGACCUCGAACUGUUCUCUGUUUGAGGACAAUUAUUUGGAUGAUGUUCAUCCUUUAGAACUUACGCACUUCUAUGAAGUGGAAAUUGACCAAUCCAUGUUGGAUCCUGGUGCCUCAGAAGAAAUGCAAGGAGAAAGUCGUAUCUUGAAUAUGAUCCGACAGAAAAGUAAAGUGAAAAGUGAUUUUGAGGCCGAAUUUUGCAGAGUGUUGGAUGAGAAGAGAUUGCAAGGGGAAAGUGCAAUAUGGUCAGAAUCAACCAGUUCUGUUGGUGCUGAUGGUUUGUUCUUUCAAGACCACAGUAAUUUAGCUCAGUUUUGGGAGCCAUGUUCACCUUCGAGCUCUGUUGAUGCAGACGGGGAAAGUUUGGGAGGGGACUCCCCAAAUGCAUUUUCCCCUUUUCUAGACAGCACAAAGCUUAGCACCCAUUCACAUGCGGGCAAUCAAGAUUUAUUUUUUGAUGCAAGUAACUCUUAUUUUUCAGUGUUUGAAGUGCAGUGCAGUAAUUCUGUAUUUUCGCUGCCCAGGGAGAGGAUAUUGGAUGACAAAGUUAAAGAAGAGUCUUGUUCCACCGUGAAUGGGUUUGGUAAAACGCAAUCACGAUUGCUAAUAUGGACCAAAAAUAGUGCCUUUGAUGAAAAUGAACAAUGCUCAAAUAUUUCAACUCGAACCUGUAGUCCAUGGUCGCACUCAGAAGGAACCCGAUCGGAUACCGAAACCUUUAACUGUCAUUUUGAAGAACCGUCCCUUUCAAAUAUUGAAGACCCAAAUUAUGUAGUUCCCAGGGUGGCUUUAGGUCUUCAAGAUGAUGAACCUUCUUGUUUAAACACAAGGAGUUCAUUUCCGCAAAAGAAAAAUUUAGAAGACGAAUCGACUUUGCCCCUAAAUAAGAAAUCAAAAUUGGAAUCUGUCUGUGGUAUUCAACUUGAACAAGAAUGUCAUGAAUUAUCAGACGCUAGUGAUGCCGGGAAAGCAAGCUACCAGGGUGAACAUGGGUACAGCUCAGGGGUCAUUAAGGACAUCUGGACAAGUAUGUCGGACAGGAAUUCUGAGAUAAUGGACGAUCCUUUAUUUCCAGUCGGCGUAAAUGCAUACACUGGUCAGGAUGCCGAGGCUACAGAUGAAGCCUUUCAGGAACCCAGUAAAGCUGUCCAGAGAUCUGAGUAUCAUCUUUGGGAAAGCCAAAAAGACCCUGUUGAAAAAAGAGCUUUUCUCGCAUGUGAAUCUGAGGUAGACUGUGGAGAUUAUACUACCCCAUCCAAACCCUGGGAAGUAAACCAUGUUAAAGAAAACUCCUUCAUUCUUGGAGGGGUUUACGGAGAGUUCAAGGCCUUUGGUGGCGAUGAUGAAUGGGCUGCGCUUCCACCCAACCAGGUGAAAGAAGGCUUACUGGAAUGUGCCGCUUCCGAUGUUGUCACAAUUGCAGGUACUGAUGUUUUCAUGACGCCGGGAAAUAGUUGUGCACCUGGCCAUCGACCAUUGUGGAAGCCGUUGAUUUCAUUUGAGGAAAAUGAACAGCCGAAAAAUAGAGAGAAAGGCCUAAGUAAAGGAUUUUCUUUCAUUCUUCAUGAAAACCUUCUUGAAACAUGCGCUAACCUACAAAUAGAUGAACCUGACGUGGGGUAUUCAUUCUCAUCUUUUGAGCUGAACAAUCGUUUUUCACAAGUUCUUCACGUGGAGUGCUCGUUUGAGCCUGGUUGCAUUUCGGCGUGCAGCCCUAACUUUAAGCCAAAAUCUUUCUGUUUGGAUUCAGGUGGGGAAACGGGCAAUCCCAGGGUCUGUGGCAUUGACCGAACGCAGUACAGGUCAAUAAGAAUUUCCCCACGAACGCACUUCCGCCCCAUAUCUGCAUCAGAGCUGUCUCCUGUUGGGGGAAGUGAUUCAGACUUCGAAUCUGAAAAAGAUGAAGCGGCUGUACCUGCUGUUUCAGAAGAAGUGUUUGCAGAUCCUCAAGAUGAUCUUAAGCCUCUGGAAGAGGAUGCAGAGAACGAAGGUCAUUUUUAUGGAAAGUCUGAGCUUGAGUCCGGGAAGUUUCUUCCUAGCCUAAAGAAGUCUGGUAUGGAGAAGAGUGCACAGACCUCCUUGGAUUGCCAAGAGGACUCCCUUGGUGCGCUGCCACCAGAUAAACAGGGCAAUUUAGACUUCAGGAUCAUUGAGUCGUUGGAAAGUGAUAGCGUGGAAAGCUCCAAAAUAAACUGCAAAAAAGUGGAGCCGAAUAACCAAGCAGAUAAAGGAGGCAGCUACGAAAUCGGUUGUGAAUCUAUGUGUGCUGAAGAAAUGGGAGAGUAUCCAUCACUGAACAUUGAUCUUCAGGGAGUGAACGCUGCCCAGGAAAAACAGUGCUGGUGGCAGAAAGCUCUGUAUUCUCCGUUAAUACCUGGAUCCUGUUGCGACGCUUACUACAUGACCGUAAAGGAUCAGAGUUGUGUAGAAAAUACAAAUGGGAAAGAAUUGUCUACCCCAGGAUGGCACCCUCAAGAGACAGAGAAGGUUUCUGCAUGUAAUGAUGCCAAAGUUGUCAUUGGGUACAGCGCUGGAACCAGGUCCAGUGGCUUCAGAAAGAAGAUCUACUCCAGCGCCAGCUCAAGCUCUGACACGGCUUCAGAUGGAGGGCGGGAAUGGGCCGAUAUCUGUCGGGAAGAGCUCUUCUCUCGCACACAGCUGUGACAGUGCUGAGCUGAAGUGCUCAAUCUUAUGAUUUUCUUUGGGUUUUUUUGUUUUUUGCUUUGAGUAGCUCUCUUUGCAUCCCUUUAGUUGUCUUUACUGCUGCACCUGUUUUUUAGUUACCAUUUCAGACCUUUUUUUUGUCUAUAGCUGGUUUUAGGUACUUCUGCUGAAGUCCCUCCCAUUUCCCCCAUUCUUCACCCUAAAAUUCUCCCUAAUAGCGUUGGCUAAGAUUGUUCUGUCGGAUCAGGAGCGGAUGUGCACGUGCUUGUGUUGUAGAAAUCAUUGCUUUCCAGCAUCUAACCUUACAUAUCCUUGUUUAACCUCUUUAGCUGUCGCCAGAAAUCCCGCCGCAAGGUCCCUACGACUUGCAGCUACAUCAGACGUGGGCUUUUGGAUAUAUUUUCUCGAUAUAUUUUCAAAACUAAGAGAUGCAUAACACUGUAAUCAGUCAGUGCCUUUCUGAAUGUGGGAGACUAGCAUGAAUGGCUUGCCCUAGUCUUCAAUGGAGAAAAAAAAAUGUAAAAAAAAAACACAUAAAACAAAAAAAAAAUUUACAGUAGAAGCAAUGAGAUUGUGCUUUAGAGACUUACAGAAUACUGUGUUUUCUAUUCUAUUAUAUUUUGUGCCCCCGCUGUCGGAGGAUAACUUUUUAGUUCUAAUUCUAAUGGCAGAAGCCAUGGAUCUGGUAAACUCCGGUUAAUAGAGAGGAAGGGGGGGUCUUAGCUUUGAUCCAUUCCCUUUUUUUUUUUUUUAAAUGAAAAUUUAAGUUGUAAUAAUGAUGGCAAUUUCCAAAGGAAUUUAAAUGCGCCACUCCAGCCCCUGACAUUCAUUUACACAAACACACUUUGUGAUUGGUUAUUUUGAAUUUCUCUCUUGCAUAUUUUCCAUGGCAAAACCAAGUGCGUGAUUGUCACAGGGGAGAAGCCCCCCUUUGCCCUGGCGUUGACCGGAUUUGUUUACCCCGCGGCUGCUGCAAUUGGUGCCCCGUAGUGUUGUUGGUGUUACUUAGUCUCAUAGUUUCAUUUUUUUCUGUUUGAGCGGAUGCUAUGGGCAAGUACGCGUGUGGCAAUAAGUAACUCUCUUCUCUACAUUACAUGCGUGGAUGGCGGUCGUCAUCAGUCUGUUUUUUUUUUUUUCUUUCUUUGUUUUAAACAUUUUCAGCACAGCGUCAAAAAAAGUGUGCGAACUGUACAAAAAUAAACUAGCAGGCUCUGUGUGCUUCUGACUUUAUGCAAAAAGGUUCAAGCACAUGAAGAGCAAUAUCUGAAAAAUUAAAAAAAAAAAAAAAAUACCAAACGUAAAAAAAUACAAUAAUAAAAAAAAAAACCCUUUAAAAAGCAUGCUUAGAACACCAGGAAAUGCAAACAGUUUCAUAUUGCUUUGGAACAACCUAGAGUCUCCUUACUAAGGCAAUACAAGGGGAGUGACGGAGUUAGGUAGUGUUCAAAUAAGUUCAUUAAGUUGGACGAUUCUUUUGUUUUUUCCUUGGCUUGUUUUGUGGAAAGGAUGAGAGGAAUGCUGUUCAAACACACACACAGUGGAAUUGGCAGUGCCUGUCGGUCCCAGGACUGUGGCGAAUUUGAAUUCACCCCAGCUUCUGUAGUUGGUACCUGCCUGAGUUCCCAUGGUAACCCUGAACUUCCUUUGGGCCAAGAACAGCCCUGAUAGUGCCCCCUAUGCACUAUAUGGAAACCAAAUAUUUAGUUUGUCCCUUAUUUUUACAUCAUUGAACUUUUUCAGAAGUUUUUUUUUUUUUUUUUUUGAGAUUACUUUUUAUUUUGCUGUUUAUUUUGUUUUUUUAUUAAACAAAGUUUCUGGAGCUUCCUGAAAGGGUUUUUGUGAAACCUGCACUGAGAAAUGUGUGAAAUCCUUUGUCCUGUAGUUGUAAGGUGUAACUCCUGCAACGAGGGCUUUACUUACAUCAAUUCCAUCAAAUCACUUCUUACAGGAUGGUUUUUACUGUACUGAGGCCCCGUGCCCUGUAUAACAUACACACAUACAGAGCUUCUGCCAUAACCCAUAGCUCUGCUCCUGCACACCCUCGGCCUCUGCAGCAGCAAGUAACACAUUAAGAGCUUGGCAAUAUUUACUUUGGUUUUUUUUUUGUUUUGGACAUGGCCAAAUGCUCAGAACGUUAUGCAGAAGUCCCUUUUUAUUUCUCCCUUUAUGGAGCAGUUCCAUUCAUCAGUGGUUGGCAAAACGCUGAACGCUCUGUGGUAUGAAGCGCAUUGCAAAUCCUCCGCACUGAAAACAGUUUUCCAUUCCUUCCUGGGCUGAAAAUCUGUUUCCAAAAAAAAAUACAAAAUAAAAAAAAUAUAUAUUUUUUUUCCUUUGUGGUUGUAUUGUUCUCCUUCAUGUACACCAGAGUAACUGAUUUUUUGUUUUCUUGUGAACUUAUUUAACACCAAAUAAAAUUUUUAAAAACCUCA